AUGCAGGCAGACGACAUCAUUCUCCUCACGCUAGCCGCUGGCAAGCAGAUGUCUUAUCUCCUCCCGCUUCUGUAUGGGAAAUGCCGCCUCAGACUCUCGGUACAUAAAGACUCGGAGAAGGAACUCCUUGAAAAGAAAUACCCAGGCUCUGAAGUCGUCAAAGGUGACAUGGAACGCGCAGAGGAUGUGUCGUCGAUGCUAUCAGGGGUCACCACCGUCAUCUACAUCGGACCAACGUUCCACCCCCGCGAAACAGAAAUCGGGUAUUCCAUGAUUGACGCCGCAGCCAGCGAAGCCCAAAACGGCAAACUCAAACACUUUAUCUACUCGUCCGUGCUUCACUCACAGCUGCGGAAGCUGAUGAACCAUGACUGCAAGCGCUACGUGGAGGAAUACCUGAUGGAGUCGGGACUCAACUACACCAUCCUGCAGCCAACGCACAUGCUGGAUCCCUUCCCAGUCGAGGAUCUGAUGAGACAGGAGCAACCCGUUUGGCACGCCGAUUAUGAUCCCAAGGUGACAUUUUCUUUCACCGUUCUGCGCGAUCUGGCCGAUGCGUUUGCGGUUGUAGCGCUGGAGCGCGAGAAGCAUUACCUGGCCGAGUAUCCCAUUUCUUCGACGGGCGCGGUAUCUCAUGUUGCGGUGGUUGAGGCGCUGAGCAAGGAGAUUGGAAAAGAGAUUGCGAUCAAACAGAAGGGUUACUACGAGGCAGUCGGGGGGUUGCACGGCCUGCUGGUCAGAGCCAACGGAAGACUGGACCAGAGGGUGUCUCGCGACAUCACCGACCGGCUGAUUCUUUACUACAAUACCUACGGACUGAAAGGAAACACAAACGUGCUUCAGUGGCUGAUUGGUCGGAAACCAACUAGCAUUGAAGAGUUCUUCCACGACAAGGUCUCGAGCAUCAGACAGUCGGGUAAAUGA